AUGGAACCCUACUCCACAGCCGUGCAAUUAUCAUCAACCAAAGCUUUUCUUUCGUGUAAACUACUCUCACAGAUGUGGAGACAAAGAAAACCUAUCAUAGCUCCCUGUGAAUGUAUGUAG